ACAAGGGCCAGACCACAAACUAAAACCCUCAAAAAACCCCCCCUAGAAGUAACAACUGAAAACAAGACAAGCAGCUCGACCUUAGCUCCAAUGGCGGCGAAGAAACACGAUGGCAACAAAUUGAAGAAGAGAAAGCAAAACCCAGAUGUCAAGAAUCGAACAGAUAGUUCAGCGUCCAAAAAACCGAAGCUUGUAAGCUCCGAUACCCAGACGGAGAGAUUGAAGAAACCUUUCAAGCCCUCGAAGAAAGCACAUAAUCCGAGCAAGUUGAUAAAAUCAGAAUCCGGUAAAGAGAAGCAUGAGCCCCAAACAAAGAGAGAGCGACGACUUCAUGCCAAGGAAUUAGCAGAGGCUAGGAAGAAGAAAAGGAAGCGGCAUUACACUCUGGAGCAAGAACUUGCUUCUCUCUGGGAGAAGAUGAGGCAGCGAAAUAUUGCCAAAGAAGAAAGAUCUAAGUUAAUUAGUGAAGCUUUACAAAAGAUGAAGGGCAAGAUUCCAGAAAUUGCUAGUUCCCAUGUUUCUUCGCGUGUUUUGCAGACCUGCGUUAAGUAUUGCUCACAAACUGAAAGAGAUUCUGUAUUUGAGGAGCUUAAGCCGCAUUUUCUUAACUUCGCAUGCAACACAUACGCAGUUCAUCUAGUAAAUAAGAUGUUAGAUAAUGCUUCUAAAAAACAGCUGUCAGAGUUUAUCUUGAAUCUCCAUGGGCAUGUUGCUUCUCUUCUUCGACACAUGGUUGGAUCUGUUGUCAUUGAGCAUGCAUACCAACUUGCAAAUGCAACUCAAAAACAAGAGCUUCUUAUGGAGUUAUAUUCUACUGAGCUUCAGUUGUUCAAGGACCUUACCUUAAUGAAAGAGAGCAGAUUGCUUGAUGUGAUUGCAAAGCUGAACCUACAAAAGGGUUCAGUCUUGCGACACAUGACUGCUGUGGUUCAACCAAUUCUUGAAAAAGGAAUAGUUGACCACUCUAUCAUACACAGGGUACUGAUAGAGUACUUCAGCAUUGUUGAUAAGUCCUCUGCAGCGGAAGUAAUUCAGCAAUUAUCAGGUCCACUUCUUGUUCGAAUGAUCCAUACAAAAGAUGGAUCAAGGAUUGGUAUGCUCUGUAUUAAACAUGGGAGUGCUAAGGAAAGAAAGAAGAUUGUGAAAGGAAUGAAAGGCCAUAUGGGCAAGAUAGCGUAUGAUCAAUAUGGGAGCACGGUACUUGCCUACAUUGUUUCAACUGUUGAUGACACAACGCUUGUUACAAAGACUGUCAUACGUGAACUUCAACCAAUUUUGAAGGAGCUUGCUUUGGAUAAGAAUGGAAGGCGCCCAUUGCUGCAGCUUCUCCAUCCAAAUUGUUCACGUUAUUUCAGUCCUGAUGAAAUGGCUGCUUUCAAUUUAACUAUUCCCUCUCUCAAUGCCAAGGAUGGAGAAUCUGGAGAUGAGGACAAUAGUACGAAACUUACAGUGGUUGGGACCAAGGAGAGUGCAAGUCCUGAGAAUGUUCAAUUAAUUGACGGUGGAAAAAAAGAUCCUUAUCUUAGAAGGAAAGAAUUGCUGGUUGAGAAUGGCCUUGCUGAGAAACUCAUUGACGUAUGUAUUGAGAAUGCAGGAGAGUUGCUCAGAUCAAAUUUUGGCAAACAUGUGUUGUAUGAGGUUGCAACUGGGGGUGCUGGUGGCAUUCUCCACCCAGUGUUGGAUGACAAGUUGAAUGCUUUGCAUGAAGCCAUAGCAUCACUUGUGGCAGAGCCUAAAUCUGAAGAGGAGCAUGUCUUAGAAAAUUUCCACUCCAGUCGAACCAUUAGAAGAUUAAUCAUAGAUAGCCCUACCUUUGCUACUACUUUAUGGAUAAAAGCUUUGAAAGGGAACUGUGGAUUGUGGGCCCAAGGUCACAGUUCAAAAGUAAUAUAUGCAUUCUUGGAAUCUUCGGAUGUCAAAAUCAAAGAACGAGCCAAUAAAGAGCUUCAGCCAUUGAUAGAUGGCGGUAUUCUCAAAAAACCUGAGAACAAGCAACCAGGAAAAGAAGGGUGAGUUACUUGUUAAGGAUGCAGUGAUUUUUCCUCGAAGAGACAGAGGCAUAGCAUCUGGUUGAUCAGUUUUGAAACUAGACUGUUUCUUUUUUUUUUUUUUUUAUACAUAUAUAAUUUUCCCAUCGCAGCCAAGAAUGAAAUUUUCUUUCAAUGCAACGAAAGAAUUAGGGCUGAGUUCCA